AUGACUCAAGUGAAGCAGAAUACAAUCAAUGAUGUAGCUUCACAAAUCAAGCCACUGCAGAAGAAGAUGUUUCCUAAAGAAGGAUGUCCUCCAGCAUUACUUGAUCGUGGGAGAAAAAUAGCAGAAGAAAGGUUGAUUGUAAUUGUUGGAGGCAUACUUUCAAACAUGGAGCCGCAUACUUGGGAAGAAGUGGCAAGAAGUCUUAGGAAAGAAUCCAAACUUUUGAGAGUUUUGGAUCUCAGGGAAAUCUACUUCGGGUCCUUCUUUCCAAUUGAAGUAGGAUUAUUUGGUCACUUGAGGUACUUGGCGUUGGCCACGGCAUGGUUAACUCCAGAAACACAAUAUAACAUACCACCGUCAAUAGAUAAUCUCUCAAAUCUGGAGACAUUUGUUGUUGAAGGGCGACAUACACAUGUUUUGCUGCCAAAUACUGUGUGGAAUAUGAGAAAGUUGAGGCAUCUAUGUACUACUGGUGAGCUUGCUUGGUUGGAGUUUCCAAAAGAGUGUUGA